CUGCUUUUUAAAGGCUCAUUUGAGGUCUCUUGAGGCCGUAUUUUCUGCGGAAUCUCGGAAGUCUCAUCCAGUUACCUGAACGCAUUACUCUUUGAGGUGACUCGACUUAAGAUGGGACUCGGACUUCACAUAAUCAUACCUCGCGCACUUUGCUUUCAAUAGAGGUAACCAUUCUUCUUCCCCCCCUUCCCGUUCCGCCUGCCAAAACCCUUCCAUCCGCCCAUGCACCCGAAACCACAUCUCCACAAGCUCCCUCUCAAUCCACGCCCUAUUCGCCGAAUCCCAAAACUUAUCAUGCAAAGCCGCACUCUCAUCCCCAACAUCACGCAACUGCGGCCAAUUGUUACAAAAUCUCCCAGCAGGCAGAGCCAUCCAAGGCAUAGGUUCAUACUCCGAUGCGCGUAGUCAAGCAACCCCAUCUCCAUGAAUUCGCGAUCGAAAAGCUUCUUCUCGGGAGAAUCAGACUACACGUGGCCCAAGCAUUCUUCUACGUGCAAAAGUUCGGCUUCUUCAAUGGGAUAUGGACGCCGAUGUCUUCGUCUCAAACGAUCGUGUUCCUUGGGCACCUACACCUCGGAGGUGGAGGAACGGGAGGCUUCGUGGAGAAGGGGCUUUACCCUAACGACGCCAUCUUCCGAGCAAAAGCACCCUGCUGGCGAAAUCCUCUGUCAACUUGGGCCCUGUUCUGUAUCGACUGAGUGGAGUAGAGUUCGUUGAUGUGUAUAGCAUCACGAUGUUUUUAUUUUAGAUGAAG